CUCCUUCCGAGCUUCCCACAUAAACGCUUCAUCACGCGGUUUCCGACUUCCGACGCGCAGACACCGUCACGACCGCGACCUCCUAAGAAAGCAGGAGGAAGAAGGAAUAGAUGACGAUGUGGGAGGAGGAGGAAGAAGCAGAAGAAAAAGGGCUUCGAAUCCCCAGCAGCCUCUCCCCCUCCUCCAUCAGAUCCAUUGGAUAGAGGUCAGCGAUAGUUUCCUAUGCCUUCCGUUGUUAGGUUGGGCUCUUGGAUUUUGGUGCGUUGUUCCAUCGAUAUCUGAUCGAAUCAUCGUACGAUCUUCAAUACCAAAAAUCUCCCCCUCCUUUCAAAGCUUCGAUUUUUGGGUCAUUAUCCGUCAAUUGCAUAUUGGGGGAUGUUAAUGCAAAAGGGUGGAGUUCAGAAAUUAAGGACGGAGUGAGAUGAUGAAGAUGAACGAGAUGGAGCUGCAGAAAGGACAUUGUCAAGGAAUUUGUGCGGCACAGCAGUGUCAAGAGCACUUGUAUUCGCCUAUAUCUGCCACUUAAGCUGCUGUGGAUGGAGACCUUAACUGCUCUGCCCCCUGGGUUUGGCUUUCAUCCAACAGAUGUUGAACUUGUCUCCCAUUAUUUGAAGAGAAAAACACAAGGACACAACUUUGACGAAAUUAUACCAGAGGUGGACAUAUAUAAGCACGAACCAUGGGAUCUACCUGCAAAGUGUCACGUGCCUACCAGAGAUAACACGUGGCACUUUUUCACUUUACGUGAAAGAAAAUACCGUGCUGGUUCUCGCUCGAACAGGGCCACAGAAGAAGGUUAUUGGAAAUCCACAGGGAAUGAUCGGAAUGUCAAGUUUCAAAAUCGAGUUAUAGGAACCAAGAAAACUCUAGUAUAUCAUGAAGGUCGAGCUCCACGUGGAAAACGUACUGAUUGGAUUAUGCAUGAAUAUGAUUUAGAUGAAAAAGAGUUAGCUUCUCCUGGUUUGAAGGGUACCUUUGUUCUUUGUCGUGUUACUAAGAAGAAUGAUUGGCCAUUGGAAAAUGAGAAGACUGAACCGGUGGUCUGCAAGGAAUCAUCUAGUCACUCGAGUGACAUGGAAGAUUUAGAUGCAUGGGUUACUGGGCUCUUCGAUCCGAACUUCGGCACUAAUUCUAAUAGACUAGAGCAUGAAGCAGUGAUUUUGCAGGCAGAUGUCAGUUCUCUUGUGCCAAAGCAGGAGCCAGUGGAUUCUCAUCUUGAUCAAAGUGCUGAUGGCAACAUUGGCUACCUAUUAGAAGAUGAUGCCUGUAAUAUCUUGAAAUCUGAUUCCAAUAACUCAUUUCAGAAGUCCAAUACUGGAGCCAGAGAUGAUGUUUCCACUCAUGGAAGAAGUUCCCGGGAUGCAAAUGUUAAGAAAGAGAAUCCUACAUUUGGUCACACGGCUUCCACCAAUUCAUACAAGAGCAUUGAUACUGGAAUCCAUAUUCGACAACGCCGUGCAGGACCUUCAGCUGAAGUUCCCUCUGGCAGGAUUAGACUUCAGGUUAGCAAAGUGGCAUCGAGGAACUCCGCAUCAGUCAACCACACCAUAAAGGUUGGCAAUGAAGGUCAUCAUCUUGAUCUGAAUAGAAGUCAAAAUCAGACUUUCAGUUCAGGGCUGGCACUCGACCAAGAGUCUGCAGUUGUAACAUCAUCAGUUUCUUAUCAGUUCAAUGCAAAAUCAAAUCCAAGUUCCGAGUCUGAUCGAUCUUGCCCAGUUGUGUCUAUGACAUUACUGGGGGCAAUAUCAUCAAAUGAUGUUACUCUUCAGAAGUCCUCCAGUGCACCUCUUGACGACCGGAGCUUCAUCCGAGGAAUUGACAGGGGCAUGAGAAUGCUUGUACCAGCACUUCAGUCAGCUUGUCACUCGCAGUGUUUUAUCCUCGGUGCGUGUCUCGCUGGAACUGCAGCUCUUUUCAUAUAUUUUAUGCUGCGAGGCGAUGCUGGAUGAUUCAGUUCCUCAUCUUCUUGGUUGUAGGACACGAAUGACUGCUUACGGAGGUCGACAGACAUAGUUCUUUUCUAUUUACACUUGCUCAUGGAAGAAGUUUUUGUUUUUGUUCCUAUUGGAUCCUGCACUUUCAUGUACAUAAGCAGGAUGAAUUUCUUCUCAUGGUUGUCAGGAAAGAACAUUUUAUUUUGUGACUGAUGCUUUGUUGAUAGUAAAUAAGGAGCUCAUAUUGUAAAUUGUUCCUA